AUGAAUAACUCUACUGUGAACUUCACCACAUCUGCAGUUUCUACAAACUCCACAACUCAGAACAGUGGGCUAUUGGACAAUGUGAAAUUCGGUGUACACUGCAUCAAUUUCCUGUUUGGUCUUCCUACACACUCCUAUGUAAUAUGGCUCAUCAUUACAGGAUCAGAAAGCGGAGUUGCAUCAAGCUUCUUCAACCUCAAUCUCUCUGUAUGUGAGAUUGCUAACUGUCUGAAUUCUUUGUUGACUGUACUUGAUUAUUUUACUUGCUUUUCAAGCCUCACAAUAUUAACAUAUUUUUUAGUAGGACUCGCCAUUACUGGUCGUCCUCUGUUUCAGUGUCUGAUGUGUGUUGAGCGUUACCUGGCAGUGGUUCAUCCUGUAAUCUUUCUAAAGUUCAAACCUCUCAGAUACAGAGUGAUCUGCUGCGCUGUGGCUUGGUUAAUUAGUUUUGGCUCCUGUUUGUGCUGCAUAUUUACUUUAGUCUUACAUAACAUUUAUGUUUAUGCAUGGAUAAACUCAGUUCAGUUCCUUCUCCUUUUCUUCUUCCAGUUGUUUUGUCUUGUGGCUGUUCUCAGAGCUCUGAAGCAGUCAGAACCAGGAGAUAGAGGGAGAGAAAGAGAGGAGGAAAAUCCCAUGAAAAGAACAGCGUUUUAUCUUAUUUUAAUAACUACCAUGAACAUGAGUAUAAUAUAUAUGCCAUUUACCAUUUCAGGAUUCAUUUAUGUGCUAACACAGCAUUACUUUGAUGAAUCUAUGUCUGCUGGUAUUAUCUGUUUUAUUCUGGGUGGUUUUGUGCAACCUAUUGUUUAUCUGCACCGGGCUGGAAAACUCUCCCGUCUCCGUUCCCCAUAA